AUUCGGCGCACACUGUGCAGUGUUUCGCGACUGCUGCUUGUCAUUAGGAGUUGGAGGCAGGCGCGACGGGGGUUCGCGAGACGCGACGACAAGAGUCAACAGCACGAUAAACCUGUCUUUAUCAUCCACUACACAUCAUUGACCGAACGUGCCUUGAUUCCGCUUACACACAAUUACAUUACGAAAGCGUGAACGAUACGACCGAGCGCCGGUGCUCUACACACGCCUUCAGCAUGCUUGCCGUGGAACGAUAAGAGGAACUGAAUCAGCUUGCGUCUGCCAUCGUCGCUGCGGAACAUGUCGAACAACCAGCAACGGGACUAAAGUGACAUUAUGGUGACCCGCGCAACCAUGAGUAGCGCUCAGGCUAUGGAGGAGGAGCUGCAGCAGAGCGUGCUACGUUCACAAACCCAGGAAUGGGACCAGAGCCCGGCGAACUUCAACGAAGCAUCCCAUCACAGCAACUCCGACAUUGCGAUCGCUCAUGGCCGGCGAACACGAAGUGGUGGACGAAUUGAGGAUUUCGAGGCUGAUCAAGAUGCCUCAGGAGAGGAGGUUGAAGAGGAUCCCGAGGGUGAAAGAGAUGCAUCUGGAGAGGAAGAUGCUGAAGGCGAGGAUGACUACGAAAUGCUUCAGCAGCCGCCGCAUGCUCUCUCCGUGGCAGCGCGGGAUCGAUCACUAUCUGAGCUGGACGAAUUAGAAGAGGACGAAGUCGAGGACGAAUACGAAGGUGGAGAGCAUGGCAAUACGGAGGACACUGCUUCAAAACUGCGCGCCGCUCGAGCUCAUGCGCAGAUGUCCGACGCCGACAUGGAAACGGACAGCGAUGCUGCCGAGCAAGCCAGCGUGGACGCAGAAUCGGUCGACGAUGACGAAGACUCAGAUGACGAACUCCCGUGGGAAGAUGCCCAAGGAGAAAUUGAAGAUGAUGAUUCCGACACGGGUGUAGCAAGCAAUGCAUGUGUCUUCUGCAAGCAAGACGAAGAGAAUGAUCCCAGCGAGGAUUUUGAUCCGUACUUGUCGUGCCAAAAGUGCGGAGAGCAUGCACAUCAACAAUGCGCCAGAGAUGCAGCAGCUCUGAGUGAGUCCAAUGAUGUAGCUCGCUGGAGAUGCCCAGAGUGUUUCGAAGAGCCCGAGGCCGACCAUGGGGAAAACAGCGAUGGCGGAGUCUCACAUGACGAAGCGGAUUCACAGCGCCGUGACCUCGGGGCACUAUCUGAUGAUGCGCUUCCCGGUAUCCAGGCGCAAAGGGAUUCUGGUAGUCUCACGCCUAAUGGAACGUCUACGGGCAGGCAGCGGUCUCUGCGGAAAAAAAAGACUUCCCCCGCGGAAUCAGAGGAUACUGGGGUGUCUUUGAGAAAAAGGCGGCGAGGUCUCUCGAUAGGCGACAACGAAAACGAUGACGAUGCUGACGAUGACGGGCAAUCCACUGAAGGCGCGACACGGUCGGUCCGAACACUGCGUCUCAAAAUCAACAAGCCACCUCCAGUCUCGAUCGAGAAGAGAACUCGCAAUUCUUUGGUUGUCAGACUCCACGUUAGAUCUGGCCCUCUCAAAGACGUGUUGUCGAGGAGAAAGCGGGACAAAAAGUCAUCAGCUGGACAGCCCAGAUCCACACGGCCUACAUCCAUUGCGGCCGGCGCGACCCAAGCCACUGGAGCUACCAUUGAAACUCCAUUCACUGCGGAUGCCUAUAGCCAGCCCUGGUAUUCGUUGCUUGACCGGGAUGGUGACGAUGGCAAAGGCAAGCCUUAUGGCGGAAUUUUGGAUGAGGCCGAAGCGGACACGACCAAGACUUUGCCGGGCGAAGACGACCGAGAACGCUUCAGGGAAGCAAUGAAAAAAGCCGAUGUCCAAUGGCAGGAGAAAGCUUUGCAGGGAGGCCCAGAGAUGACUAGCCGUAAAGGCAAGAAGUCGGACAACGGCAGCAAAAUCGAGUGCAUCGAAUUCGGAGGAUGGGAAAUCGACACAUGGUACGCAGCGCCCUACCCAUACGAGUACAGCAAACAUCGUGUGCUUUACAUUUGCGAGUUCUGCCUCAAGUACAUGAACUCGGACUACGUUGCUUGGCGGCACAAGCUCAAGUGUGCCGCAAAGCAUCCUCCAGGCGACGAGAUUUACAGGUACGGCUCCAUUUCCUUCUUUGAGGUAGAUGGACGAAAAAACCCUAUAUAUUGCCAGAACCUCUGUCUGCUGGCCAAGCUCUUCCUCGGAUCAAAGACUCUUUACUACGACGUGGAACCGUUCCUCUUUUACGUCUUAUGCGAAUACGACGAGACCGGGUAUCAUUUUGUUGGCUAUUUCUCCAAGGAGAAAAGGCCAAGCAGCCUAAACAACGUGUCAUGCAUUCUUACGCUACCGAUCCACCAACGAAAGGGGUACGGGAAUUUGCUGAUUGACUUCUCCUACUUGCUCACCAAGGCGGAGGAGAAAACGGGAUCGCCGGAAAAGCCACUAUCGGAUCUUGGAUUGGUAUCCUACCGCAGCUACUGGCGUCUAGUGCUUUGCCGAUACUUUCUCGACGUAAUGCGGGAAGGCGCACAUGAGAAAGACGGGUUGAGUAUCAAGCAGAUUUCAGACGACACUGCAAUGACUCCAGACGACGUCGUAGCUGCUCUCGAAGGUCUUCGAGCUCUGGUACGAGAUCCUCAAACCAAAGUAUACGCGUUCCGCAUCGACAUGGACUUUUGCCGAGAAUAUGUUUCUAAAUGGGAAGCCAAAGGACAUGUCAAGUUAAAGCCGCAGGCUCUGGCGUGGACGCCCUACGUCAUGGGCAAGAACAACAUCGCCAAUUUUGAUCUGGGUCCCAUUAGCACUGUGGCGCCUAGAGAAGACGACCAGGCCAAGGUUGAUGAGGGUCCAGGCGGUAUUUCGGCCAUCACUCGACCUAUGGUCGAUGACAUUCGAGUGCUUCCACAAAACGAAGUGACAGAGCCAACGGAGAGUGUCGCUGAACAGGAUGACCCUUCCUCCCAACUUCAAAUCGAAGCUCAGUCGGAGUUGGAACAGGUUGGUGCUCACGAGGCUGGGGACAACAAGGAGAAUAGUCAACCAGGAGCAAGUAACAGCACUGGUAAAAGCAUGGAUGUGGCGGAGCAUUGGGACCUCGCAUACAGGACUAUCCCGGCAAGCCGCUUCGAGAUCUUCCCGGCCCCUGUUGGAGGACGAAGGGGAGAACGUACGAAACAACCGGGCCGGCCUCCUAUGCCGCGCAGUAUCAGCAGUCUGUCGCGGCCCAAGCCAAGACGAUCUGGAGGUAGCGCACGCCGUCCUUCUGCGCCACGGCCUAAAGCAUCCUCAGCGAAACGCAAAUCCGGCGGGACUGGGCGUGGGCCAGGACGUUGGCCCAAAGGGACUAAGAAAGCUGAUUACGGCAAUGCUGCCAGUGGUCCAGGGUUCCCGCCAGGCUGGCGCGAGAAAGUUGCCAACGGAUCAGCCGUGGUUGGCGAGUCUGGUAUCUUGAUGGUGGACAAGGCUGCAACCAAGCCAGCGGGUUCUACCCAGGCCAAAGUUGACUUGGCCGUAGUCCAGAGCGACAUUGCUGAUGGAACGUCUGAAGCACUAGGAGGGCCCAAUGGUAUAGGUGAAGCUGGCGAGGAUGUAGACGCCGAGGGCGAGGAUGUAUAAUGACAUGUACGUAUUGUUUGCAGGCAACGGGUAGGCAGUUUAGGGCGUUGGGGCUAUCAAGAUGACCCUGGAAUCGACCGGGGGCGGGCAGCUCUAUCUUGUAUAUAGGAUGUUAACAUAGAUAAUGC